UAUCACAUCUCUCUUCAAAAAGUCAGCGCCUUCUUUUGUCCUUUUUCUCUCAGAACAACAAACAGUGACAGAACACAGAACAGACACUUGCAGACCGACCUUGUCUCUAAUGGAGGCAGAUUGGGAUCUAUAUGCUGUAAUCAGACCUUACACCACCAUCACCUCUUCCUCAUCUUCCACCACCACCACCACAAUAGCCACCCCAUCAACACCUUCUUCCUCUGGUUUUGAAACUUCUACAUCUUGCAACUUUUUCUCUCUUUACCCUGCAGAACAAUCAAUUCAAGUUUUGCCUUUGGAAACAAAAAGUUCCAUUGAAGAAUUGCAUGAUCUUUGCAAACCUUUCUUCCUUAAACCACAACCUCUUUCUUCUAAUUCAUUCUCUUAUUCAUCACCAUCACCAAAAUCACCUCACAUACUACAACCAAAACAACACCAUCAUGCUGUCUCUGCUACAACCCCAAGAUCUAAAAGAAGGAAGAUUCAGCAUAAGAAGGUAUGUGAAGUGAAAGCUGAGAAUCUCUCAUCAGAUAUAUGGGCAUGGAGGAAAUAUGGUCAAAAACCCAUUAAAGGAUCACCAUAUCCAAGGGGAUAUUAUAGAUGUAGCAGUACAAAAGGGUGUCCAGCUAGAAAACAAGUUGAGAGGAAAAAAUCAGACCCAACAAUGUUCAUUGUAACAUAUACCGGUGAACAUAGUCACCUUGCUCCAACACAUAGAAAUUCUCUUGCUGGUUCAACACGACAGAAGCCAUUGUCACCAAAAACUAUCACUGCCGAAGACUCUUCUCAACCCUUUGCAAAACAAGUUUCUCCACCUAUCUCAGGAGCUGAAGAGGAAAAUGGUACACCCUUAAGUACAAAAUCAGAUAGCAAAGAGGAUUUGGAAGAUUUGAUGAAUGAUGAUGAUGUGGAAAAUGAAUUUGAGUUAUCUGAUAUGGUUGUAUCAGAUGAUUUCUUUGAAGGUUUAGAUGAAUUGGAAGGUUUUACUAGUAUCUAGUAUUGCACUUCCUACUUUUGGUGGCCAUUGAUGUGAUCACCAUUAAACAUCAACAACACAUACACACAGACAUCUGACACUAUACUGACACAUUUAAUAUCAAUAUUUAUUUGAGAAAAUAAAAUAAUUGAAUGUAUGUGUCAGUAUCGUGUCGGAUAUCGAAACAUGUUUGAAGUGUUGGUGUUUCAUAGUUUAGGUUAGUUUAGGCUUUUCAUUUUCCAUAUUGAGGAUAAGGAUAUGAAUUAGAAUAGAAUCUUUUUAAUUUAAUUUUAUUUUGUUUAUUUGCUUUUGUUUUUUGAGGUUAGAGGAAUUGGUACAUUAUUAUGGAGGAAUAUUAACUAAUCUUUUGUUUAUGUUAGUGAUUGUUAGCCAUACUUUUGGUAAUGAACAAACAAUUAAUUUUUCGACAUCUUUUGUUUGUCUUAGUAAUCUUUUUCAAGUUAGUUGAAUUUAAAGUUGGUUGUUAUAUAAA